AUGAGCUACCUUACCGCCACUCUGGAGCCAGACGAACUCGACGCGCUCAUGGACUCGAUGAAGCCGUACGACGACGCGAUCCGCGACCUAGAACACAUUACGAAAACCACACGCGGCGCAGCAGAUGCAUUUGAGGAAUCUCUGAGAGUCAAGAACUCGCUUGACACGUACGAAGUGCUGGCCAAGACCAUGCCAACCCAGCAACUGCUCACAGCUAUCCUAAACUGCGAGUACAAGCUCUGGCGAACGCACGAGGAGACGCCUCUGAGGUUCAAGCCUUACUUGAGCCACUGGGUAGAGACCCUUAUGAGCACGCAGAAGGAACUUGCCCAUCAUCAACACAUUGCCAUCACUACUAGCGACACGAACGACACCAUCACUACGAGGGAGAUACUGGUAACUCGAGCUGGAUACAUCAUGGCGCUGCUGAAGGACACGCCGCUGCCUUCUGCCGAGCCAGUACGUUCUGCAUACGAGAAAAGUGCUCGGGAUAAAUUUAUCCUCCCGGAAUUCGACCUCCUGCCGUACAUGCAAAUGCUCGUAGAAACAGAAAUCUGGGAUAGGCUGCCCGAUGGCAUGGUACAAGCUCCAGAAACAGGAGCGUUGAGCAAAUCGAAGACACAGGAGGGCAGUGAUCCACAGCGAUGGGAGGAUGUUAUGCUUCGCAAGCUCAAGGAAGAUCCCAAUGCCGCUGUACAAGAACUGUCACAUCUCCCGCUUGAUCUAUCGACGCUCGAUUUCCUCACGAAACUCCUCACCGAUCGUACCUUCGAAGAGCUUGGCAUUGACGGUCCGCCUGUCAUACUCCAAUACAUACAGCACGCAUUGCGACUCAUCGAGAAGAUGGGGGCACCUCCACCCACGUCCGAGCAGAAUUUGCCAGUCGGUGGGGCUUCCAAUGGCGCUGCUAUCGUCGAAUAUGGCAAAGAGCCGCAGAGUCGCGCUGUUAAAUUGCUACUACUGUUCAUGAAGAACUCGAUCACCAAGGGCUUGUUGGAGCCGACACCGCUGAUCUUCGAGCUCCAGGAGAUUUGUGUGCGGUACGUGUGGAUCAGAGAGGUCAGGGAUUUUCGGACCUGGGUGGGAAAAAUUGAUGUGUUCAUCUAGAAGAUCAACAAGUCGGUACUGAUGCUAAGAUAAUACUGUGGCCGCCUGGGUGACAUAGGGUACAAAGGCCAUUGCAGCGCCAGGCACACCUAUCUGGUAUCUAUUCACACUGUCCAGUAUAUUAUGUCCCCCAUAUGUGGAGUGGAGGAUCGGAUCCGUUGCAUGAAGAUGACGCAGGUGCGUGUGGCUGUACGGCAUUGGACCCCAGGAAAACAAUCUGCAUUGAUGCGCU